AUGCAGCGCCCCACGCCUCCCUCCCGAGGGGGCCGUCUAAUUGGCUGCAGGACCGGAGGAAGGGCGGGCGGGCUGCGGGAGGGAGGAGAGGGAAGGGGAGGGGGGCCCGCCCGCUUCACCCCACCCCGCCCGCCGCCCCUGCAGGAGCCCGAGUGCCGGCAGCUCUGCCCGCGUGCUGCGGACCGUCCCGGCUACCGCGCCGUGCGCUCUCUCGCCCUGGAGGUUGGCUUUGGACUAGCUCCCCGAAGCGCCGCCGGGCCCCGGAAGUCGCAGGGCUGGGACACCCGACCGGGCAGGGAGCUGAGCCGUAGAGGCCACAGCGCCCAGCUGCCUCCCCGAAGCCGGGCGAGCUCUUCCCGCGGCACCUGCAGCCCCCUCCCAGUCGCCGCACAGAGCGCUCGCCCAACUUCGGCCGGCUUGCAGCUCUCCGGAAUGCCGCCUCUCCGCUGGGCCCUGCGCCGCGCCGGAGUCGGGGCUCCUGGCGGGGCUGCCCCGCGUCGCUGCGCACGUGCCCUGGUCUUGGGUCCAGCGGCCCGAUCCCCGCUCGCAGGACAGACACCCGCUGCGCCCCACCCUGCCCUAGCGGGGACCGCCGGCUGGCGCACCCCGGCCCAGCUGGCCUGGAAUUUCCCUGCGGCCCUGGGGCUUCACACGCAGUGGGGCAGAAGGCGAAAGCAAAACGCUGGACCAUUCCAGCUCUACGCUGUGGAGCCCUGGCGCCGCUGGGACUCUGACCUUCACAGGCGCACACCGCCCUCCAUCCCAGAGCCCUGGAGUGCAAUUAAUUUGGUUUUUUAAAUGCAUAAAUUAUACCUCGAUUAAAAAAUGAUAAUUAAAAAGAAAGCACAUGAGAUCUUUGCUGCUAAUCGUUUUAAGAGUUGAAACUCUUGUCGGGCAUAACUUCCCAGGAGUGGGAGGUAAGUCUAGCUCCUCUCCUUUUGCCAUUUGGGAAAUGCUCCAUCGACCCCCAGGACUUGACACAGCCCCCAUCUGAGACACGGAAGCGGCUUCUGAUGCAUGCCAUUCCUCAGGUUGCUGGAACAAAGACGGGAGGCACGAAUUCCUGACAAAAGCUGUGCUUUAAUCCUCAGAUAGGCUCAGGCCCUUCAGUCCAUCUCUUUGUAUGAGUAACCCCAAGUAAUCAACAAUGGAGAGGGGUCUUCUUAUUUUCCUGAAGCUCCUCCUGUUUUGAGGCCUCCGUGUCCAUCUCUGUCCCCUGGUGUCCUUCUGGAUAGAGGGAUAAGUUUUGAAGCUUUUGGAAACCCCGCAUCUGUCCCUUACCCUGUGGUGGUGGAAAGUUCUUGUGCUGCUAUGGCCUGGAGUGCACAGCUGAGGCCGGGAAAAGGGGAUAAUGGACCCUCGAACAGGGCAGCCUUGACCAAUAUCGGCUGGCUAACACUGGCAGGUGAGCACCUAUGACCCAGGGCGGUCCCACGUCAUUGGGGCUGCACAGGACAUAGUGAAGACACCAAGUGCUUUGAAGGUCAAAAAUGGUGGGAGUAUCCCUCUUCCUUGUGCCUUUCCUAGGAAUCGUACCUCCUAGCUGUGGCCUCAGAGGCAGGGGCCAUAGGGGCUGGAAAGGAGGAAGAUUUAUUUUUGCUCACAGUGUGUUGCUGGGUGUUCGGUUCGGUGGUGAGUUGCCUGAGCAUCGGAGGUGGCAGAGGCCCAGCCCCUUCUGAUCACAUCCCUGACCUGAGUUGCAGCUAUGCACCCUUGGGUUGUAUAUUGAUCUCUCUGAACUUCAGUUUUCUUUUCCAUAAUCUCCUUCCCAUUUUACAGUGUUUGGGGAGGCUCAAGCAAGAUAAGGCUCUCAGGAAGUGCUUUAUAAACUUUAAAGGGCUAUCACAUACCAGCUCUUCAUUUUCGUAUUCUUCCUGGAGACUGGU